AUGUCUACAAUUGAAAACUCGCCUACUUCUGAACCUUACAAAAAGUAUGAAACAGAGCAGAAACUUGCAACCGAUGCUCGUGAGGGUGUGGAUUAUGAGCAUUCGUUGACUUUGUGGCAAGCCCUCAAAACCAAUAAGAAGGCUGUCUUCUGGACCUGGGCUAUCUCUCUUGCCAUUAUUAUGGAAGCUUAUGAUGACUCUCUUAUUAGUUCAGUUUAUGGUUAUAACAGUUUUGCCAAGAAAUAUGGACAAUGGUAUCCUAAGAUUAAAGAGUAUCAGGUUCCAGCUAAAUGGCAGUCCGCAUUAAAUAUGGCUUCCCCAGUUGGUGAGAUUAUCGGAUUGAUGCUUAAUGGUUGGCUUGUUGAACGUUAUGGUUAUAAGAAGGUUAUCAUGCCGUGUUAUGUUUUUGCAACCGCCUUCAUUUUCAUUGUUUUCUUUGCUCCCUCAAUCGGCGUCUUGUUUACCGGUGAACUUUUAUGUACAAUUAUUUGGGGUCUUUUAGGAGGUCUUGCUCCAGGUUAUGCAGCCGAAAUGUGCCCCGCUAUUCUUCGUGGCUAUUUGACAAUGUAUGUGAACUUCACAUUUACCAUUGGUCACACCAUUAAGGCCGGAAUUCUUCUGGGAUUUGCUGAAAACAAUACACAGUGGUCGUACAGAAUUCCUUUUGCCAUUCAGUGGUGCUGGCCUAUUCCUUUGGCUCUCAUUACUUGGUUCGCUCCAGAAUCUCCCUGGUGGUUAGUUAGAAAUGACAAAAUUGAAGAAGCAAAGAAGAAUAUCCGCCGUCUUAGAAGUGAUGAUGAUCUUGAUGAGGUUAUCGAGAAAGAAAUUGCUAUGAUGGUCCACAGUGACAUGUUCAACCGUGAUAAUGAAAAUAAUUCUUCAUAUUUUGACUGCUUCAAGGGUAAAAACUUGAGAAGAACCGAAAUUUGUAUCAUGACUUGGAUGUGCCAGCAAAUGAACAGUUUUGGAGGUGUGGGUAACUCUUAUUUCUUUGAGCAAGUUGGUUUCAGUCAGAUCAAAUCAUAUUCGUUUACCUUUAUUGGUGAGGGUAUUGCUCUCUUUGGUGAUGUCACUUCUUGGUUCUUGGUUACUUUGACUGGUCAUAGAUUGUUAUAUACAGCAGGAAUGUUUGGACAAUCUCUCAUUUACUUCAUUGUUGGUUUCCUUGCCUUAGCUCCAAGCUCCAAGGAUGGCCCUAAAUGGGCUUCGGCUGUUAUAUUAAUGACCCAAAGUUUCUUUUAUGAUUGCAGUAUAGGUCCAUUAGCGUUUGCUAUUUCCACAGAAGUUCCAACCGCAAGGUUAAGAAAUAGGACUUUUGCUAUUGGAAGAUCCAUCUACUAUAUUCUCGGUAUCAUAUGCUCUGUUGCUAAUCCUUACAUGAUAAGUCCGGCUCAAGACAAUUGGAAAGGAAAAGCCGCUUUCCUUCCAGCAUCCUUAUGUUUGAUUUGGGCCUUUUGGUGUGUCUUCCGUCUUCCUGAAAUGAAAGGUCGUACCUUCGAAGAACUUGAUGUUAUGUUUGAAAGAGGUGUCAAAACGAAAGACUUCAAAACUUAUAAGAUUGCCAUGUUUGAUGAUGAUGACUAUAUUGCCAAAAGCACGUCAGAAGAGGCUGGAUCGACAAAAGAAGAGCAUAAGCAAGAUGUUGGAGAGCUUACCUACAAAGUUGCAACCGAAUGA